CGCCUAAAGAAAAAAUACUUCGCUUUUGUAUAUAAACUUCAUCUGCAAGGUCUAAGUCAAUAUGCAUGCUAGCUGUAUAUGUUUAUUUAUGGUUUUUGUAUCGUUCAAUCAUUCAUCUCUCUCCCCAAAAAUUCCAGUUUUACUCCAAACAUUGCAUGUCUAAUCAGUUUACACCCCGAGAAAGUGCUUGUUUUGGUGAAUCACACGGCCAGAGAAUGGGGAAUUUCAACGGAGUUCUUGGUGUUAAAGGAAGAGGUUUCAAGUUGAAGAGAAAACAAAUGGAUUUGAUGAAGAACCAACUGGUAAGUAAUAACGAAGGAAUACAGACAGUAGAGGUCGACAAUCAUUGUAACUUCUUACAGAAUUCGGACCUCUGCAUUUGCGUGGUGACUUGGAACAUGAAUGGACAGGUAUCUUACGAAGAUUUGGUGAAGUUAAUUGGGAGCAGCCGCAAGUUUGAUCUACUUGUAGUUGGUUUGCAAGAGGUCCCUCGAAAAAACAUAGCACAAUUGUUGCAGACAGCUCUUGCUGAAACUCACGUCCUCUUUGCAGAAGCCAUCAUGCAAUCUCUGCAGUUAUACAUGUUUGGGCUGAAGAACUCUGAAUUGCUUAUCAAAGAAUUAAAGGUUGAUAAGUAUUCUGUUGGGGGAUUUGGAGGAUUAAUUAGAAGAAAGAAAGGGGCUGUGGCAAUCCGCAUCAAUUAUAAAGGAAUCAUAAUGGUGUACAUCUCCUGUCAUCUCUCUGCACAUGCUCGCAAUGUGGAAGAAAGAAAUUCUCAAUGCAGGCACAUAUCACACGAAAUUUUCUCCAAUAAUGUAAACCCUUAUGCCAAGCGAGCCCAUAUAACAGUAUGGUUGGGGGACCUCAACUACAGGAUAAAUGGUAUCACUACGCACCCUACCAGAAAUCUAAUACAGAAAGAUCUGCAUCACAAACUGCUGACCAGUAAAGAUCAACUGUUACAAGAGGCCAAAAGAGGGCAAAUCUUCAAUGGAUAUUGUGAGGGAUCACUCACAUUCAAACCAACAUUCAAGUAUAAUGUUGGAAGCAGCAACUACGAUACAAGUCACAAGGUACGAGUUCCAUCAUGGACUGACAGGAUCUUGUUCAAGAUAGAAGACCCCGACAAAAUCAAUGCGAGUUUACAUGGUUACAAAUCCGUUGAUGAUAUUUACAGUUCUGAUCACAAACCAGUGAAAGCUCACCUCUGCUUAACACUUAACAAACAGUCACCACCUACCGGGAAAAAAAUACUUCCGUAAGACCUUUGCGGAAAAAGAAACAGCCAUCUUCUUUAUCUGUCAAGAUCACGUGGUAUAGUAAUUAAAUACUAUCAAGUGUGUAAAUUCGAUCCAAUUACUCCAAAACGAAAAAGAUUCAUUUGUACAAUUAACAGACUAUUCUUUAAACAGUUUAUGAAUUUGC